UAGAGGAAUAGUCCUUUGGAGAGGUAAUGAAGACUUGUUCAUAGCGGUGUGACUGAAAAAUGAGAAUGGGCGUCAAAGAUUUUGUGGAGAGGAUGCCAGCCCCCAUUAGGCUUCGGGAGCUGAUCCGGACCAUCCGGACAGCCCGGACCCAAGCAGAAGAACGAGAAAUGAUCCAGAAAGAAUGUGCUGCCAUCCGGUCAUCUUUUAGAGAAGAAGACAACACAUAUCGCUGUCGGAAUGUUGCAAAGUUACUGUACAUGCACAUGCUGGGCUAUCCUGCACACUUUGGUCAGUUGGAGUGCCUCAAGCUUAUUGCUUCUCAGAAAUUCACAGACAAACGAAUCGGCUACCUAGGGGCCAUGCUGCUGCUAGAUGAGAGACAGGAUGUGCACCUCCUGAUGACUAACUGCAUCAAGAAUGACCUUAAUCAUAGCACGCAGUAUGUGCAGGGGCUGGCACUCUGCACCCUUGGCUGUAUGGGUUCCUCAGAAAUGUGUCGAGACCUUGCAGGAGAAGUAGAGAAACUCCUUAAAACCUCCAAUUCAUACUUAAGAAAAAAGGCAGCACUUUGUGCUGUACAUGUCAUCAGGAAGGUACCGGAACUUAUGGAGAUGUUUUUGCCAGCCACAAAAAACUUACUGAAUGAAAAGAAUCAUGGUGUCCUUCACACAUCUGUCGUCCUACUCACAGAAAUGUGUGAAAGAAGCCCAGACAUGCUAGCACAUUUCCGAAAGAAUGAAAAGCUUGUACCACAGUUAGUUCGUAUUCUAAAGAACCUUAUCAUGUCUGGAUAUUCACCAGAGCAUGACGUGUCUGGGAUCAGUGACCCUUUCUUACAGGUGCGAAUCCUGCGGUUACUAAGAAUUCUAGGGCGAAAUGAUGAUGACUCAAGUGAAGCAAUGAAUGAUAUAUUGGCACAGGUUGCCACCAAUACGGAGACUAGUAAAAAUGUAGGAAACGCUAUUCUCUAUGAAACGGUUUUGACUAUUAUGGACAUCAAGUCAGAGAGUGGACUAAGAGUAUUAGCCAUAAAUAUCCUGGGUCGUUUCUUAUUGAACAAUGACAAAAAUAUUAGGUAUGUAGCUCUGACAUCAUUGUUGAAGACGGUGCAGACAGAUCAUAAUGCAGUACAGAGGCAUAGAAGCACCAUUGUGGACUGCCUGAAGGAUCUCGAUGUUUCAAUUAAACGGCGUGCAAUGGAAUUAAGUUUUGCUCUGGUAAAUGGAAAUAAUAUCCGUGGUAUGAUGAAGGAAUUACUAUAUUUUUUGGAUUCCUGUGAGCCAGAAUUUAAGGCAGACUGUGCAUCUGGAAUCUUCCUUGCUGCAGAAAAGUAUGCACCGUCCAAACGAUGGCAUAUAGACACAAUUAUGCGUGUUCUAACAACGGCAGGGAGUUAUGUCCGUGAUGAUGCUGUCCCCAACUUGAUUCAGCUGAUAACCAAUAGUGUAGAGAUGCAUGCCUACACUGUUCAGCGCCUCUACAAAGCCAUUCUUGGUGAUUAUUCCCAACAACCUUUGGUGCAAGUAGCUGCCUGGUGUAUAGGUGAAUAUGGAGACCUGCUUGUGUCUGGUCAGUGUGAAGAGGAAGAGCCCAUUCAGGUUACAGAGGAUGAAGUGCUUGAUAUCUUGGAAAGUGUUCUCAUCUCUAACAUGUCUACAUCUGUUACCCGGGGUUAUGCUCUCACUGCCAUCAUGAAGCUCUCAACUCGAUUCAGCUGUACCGUUAACCGAAUUAAGAAAGUAGUUUCCAUCUAUGGAAGCAGCAUUGAUGUGGAGCUCCAGCAGAGGGCAGUAGAGUAUAAUGCACUUUUCAAGAAAUAUGACCAUAUGAGGUCAGCCUUGCUUGAGAGAAUGCCAGUCAUGGAAAAGGUGACCACAAAUGGCCCCACUGAUAUGGUACAGACAAAUGGAGAGACAGAACCAGCACCACUGGAGACAAAGCCACCGCCCUCUGGGCCACAGCCAACCAGCCAGGCUAAUGAUUUAUUAGAUUUGCUGGGAGGAAAUGAUAUAACACCCAUUAUUCCAACUGUACCUACAAGUAAACCAGCUUCUGCUGGGGGAGAGCUUCUUGACUUGCUGGGAGACCUCAAUCUGACAGGUGCUCCACCUUCUGCACCUGCCUCAGUCCCACAGCUGUCACAGCCUCCUUUCCUCUUGGAUGGGCUUUCAUCACAGCCUCUCUUCAAUGAUAUUGCUUCAGGUAUCCCCUCCAUCACAGCGUACAGUAAGAAUGGUUUAAAAAUAGAAUUCACCUUUGAAAGGUCCAACACUAACCCCAGUGUGACAGUGAUCACGAUACAGGCCUCCAACAGCACAGAAUUGGACAUGACAGACUUUGUUUUCCAAGCUGCAGUACCAAAGACAUUCCAGCUGCAGCUUUUGUCUCCUAGCAGCAGCAUUGUCCCAGCAUUUAACACCGGGACCAUCACACAAGUCAUUAAAGUUCUCAACCCACAGAAGCAGCAGCUCCGAAUGAGGAUCAAGCUUACAUAUAAUCACAAGGGCUCUGCGAUGCAGGAUCUAGCUGAAGUGAACAACUUUCCCCCUCAGUCCUGGCAAUGAGGCUUUGGCACCAUUCUUACUAUCGCCCUACCCAAUCGAAGGAACUCUGGGAAGGAGGUUGUGAUCCCUGGCAAGCCCCCCUUCCCACCCUCCCCUCCCAAACUGCACCAUGGGCAUGAGGAGCUGAGGAGAGCUACUGAGGAGGAAUUUCCUAAAGUUACUGCUGACCUCAAGGCAUAUCUUGUAAAAGACUAAUCUCCUCUCCUCCUCAGUUGAGGCUGGCUGCUUCAGGAGGCUACUGUGCACUCUUCCUCUUCUUCCCUUUUUUCUCCCCCCCCCCCCAGCCCUCCCACAUUCACAGCCAGAAAGAAUAUUCGCCGGGUCCCUAAGGAAAUAUGCAGCUUGUCUGGAGGAGAAGACUGGAAUUCAUGGCAAGAAAACACUCGCUCUGUCUCUGAAGCAAAUGGUUGCCCCUUCUUUCUGCUGUUGUUUCUCUGUGGGGUGGGUGAAGUAAGGAUAAUUAUUCCUUACUAGCUGUGUUACCAUCUUCAGGCACUUUUUACAUCUGGCAUUCAGGAUGGAAAUCUAUCAAAAGGACAUGAGGGAGCCCUGCCUUUUUCUUUUGGUUCCCCCAAUGUUUGAAAGAGGCAUUAGGUUCCUAGUAGCCUUUU